GUCGAGGCCGGACUGAGCCAUUCAAGCUGUCACGGGCAUGCUAGUCACCGUCGUUCUAAUCGCACUCGUAACACUGUCAUUCACAAAAUCGCAGUCACCUCAAAGCAAUGAAGAAUCCAAUUCAAGGCAGCUCGAUUUUUGGAGAAACUACUUGAAUACUUUAUCUUCGAAGUACGACGAUGCUUUGCAAGAACAAAAUCCAAUCAAACACGACGUCAAACGCUGUCGAUGGAAGCUUUGCGGUACAGGAAGAAUGCGAUUUAUCUAGAUUCUAUAUUGACAUUUGCAUAUAAACUAAACGCUAAAUUCGGCAUAAAACAACUCAGAGCUUGUGACCCUGUUGAUGUAUCUAGCUGAAAGUUUCGUUGAUCAAUAAAUAUUGUUAACAAA